AUGAGCUCACCAAACGCCGAGCCACCAUAUGUAGUACACAGUUCUAGUGAUAUACAUUUACCAACAUUGAAUGAAGAAGAGACGAUGGAUGUUCAACAUCCACUGAAAACACCGGCUGCAUCAUCAACAGCAUCGUUUCCUGCUAUCUAUGAAAUGCCAGCACACACUACAUACGUGUCUUCAUCAGGUGCUGCACACGUUCCGCACCGUUCGGGAUCUUCAUCGAGCGUUUCUUUUCAUCAGCCACGUCGAUCAAGCACACAAGGGCCACAUGAACGACAGUUAUCUAUACUCGAUCCAAUGUCCGAUCGUGUUAGUACCAUUCUUGUUUGGCAGAAUCUCACUGUUCAAGCACGAGAAAAUAAACGAAAGGAAUUUUUCAAACGUAUGAAAUCGUAUAAAAAUUUCGUACCAAAACGGAAAUGUUUGCUUAAUAAUAUCAAUGGAGCUAUUGCUGGCGGAUUAUGGGCAGUUAUAGGUCCAUCUGGCUCUGGUAAAUCCACUCUUCUCAAUACAUUAGCUUGUCGUCUGGAUGUCAACACUGUGGUCGAAGGUGAAAUGCGUCUCAAUGGUGCACCGUACGAUAAUGCUGAAUUGAAGCGUAUUGCUGGUUAUGUUAUGCAAGAUGAUUUGUUGAAUGGCUAUUUGACAGUCGAAGAAACACUGACGUACACAGCUAGACUACGCUUGGCACGGACAUUCACCGACAAGGAACGACGAGAUCGUGUUGCGGACGUUAUGGCUGAUUUAGGUUUAUCUCAUGUACAUAACGUUAUAGUUGGUACACCAUUGAAAAAAGGUAUAUCAGGCGGAGAGCGUAAACGAGUAUGCGUCGGUAUGCAAUUGCUCAAUCGUCCACAGUUGUUGUUUCUUGAUGAGCCUACGUCCGGUUUGGACUCGGUCACUGCUUUGGAUUUGCUUCGAACAUUUCAUGCACUUGCUCACGGUAAAUCACAGGAGAAAGCUGUCACCAUCGUCUGUUCGAUCCAUCAGCCGCAAGCGAAAAUCUUCAAUCUAUUCGACUCAUUGAUCUUACUUAAAGCAGGAAAUAUCAUGUAUCAAGGGCCGAGAAAGCAUGUCAUGGAAGUUUAUCGAGCCGCAGGAUUUCCAUGUCCAGUGAACACAAAUCCAGCCGAUCAUCUAUUAGAUGUGAUUACACCACCGCGUGGUAAUCCAAUUCUAGGCACUACUAUAAUAUCUCUUGAACAACAACAGGCUAUUGAUGAAGCUAUUCUUCGGCAUCAACCUCCAUUGGAUAUCGAUCUUAAUAUGGGUGUUAAUAAACGUCUCGUUCAAAUGAACAAUUUACCUCUUAAUCCCACAUGGUUAACGCAAGUUCAAAUUCUCCUUCGUCGUACAUUUCAAGAACAAUUUCGACAAUCAAGAAUCAUCUUGACAUCACUUAUUCAAACAAUUGUGAUGGCUGUUUUAAUUGGUACAGUAUAUUUGAAAAUUGGAAAUACUCAAAAAAGCACCUUACGCCGCGAACCAGCAUUAUUCUUUUGCGCUGUUAAUCAAGGUGUUUUCGGUGCCUUAAUGGUCAUCAAUUCAUUUCCAGUUGAACGAACAUUAACAUUACGUGAACGAGCAUCGGGUACAUACUUUGCUAGUGCUUAUUUUACAGCAAAAAUUAUUGCUGAAACGUUAAUACAAAUACCAGUACCAAUCAUAUUUUCUGCUAUUGUAUACUUUUUGAUUGGAUUUCAAGUAACUGCUGGCAAAUUUUUUAUCUUCAUGCUCUUUAUGCUAUUAUGUUCACUUGCGGCCACGUCCUUAGCACUGCUUGUCUCAGCCGUUUGUAAAACAACUGAUAUGAGUGUGACCGUGUUACCUUUAGUGCUGGAAAUAUCGCGUUUAUUCGGAGGAUUCUUUUUGGCACCAUCGCGAUUACCGAAGUAUUUCGCUUGGCUUGAUGCGUUGUCCUAUAUAAAAUAUACAUUCGUUGGCCUAUCUUUGAAUGAAUUGGAAGGUCUUGUGUUAAUAUGUACGGACGAUGAUCGAGCGAAAGGCUCGUGUACCCUAACUGGUGAACAAACUAUAAAAGAACUUGGCUUUGAUUAUAUAACUAUUGGUGGCUGUAUUGGUACGCUAAUAGCUUAUAUAGUUUUUUGUCGUAUAAUGGCUUUUCUCGGCGUACGAUUUCUCAAAAACUGA